GCUUCGAAUAGUUUGUGAGCUGUGUGUUUUAUGUUUUCUGAAAAGGAGUGAUUAUUAUAUAGUUGUAAAAUUUAGUUGCAAUACUAAAGAAUUGCUUAGAUAAGACACAUUUCUAAUAUUUACAAUGGCUGACGAUUUAAGAAACUAUAACUUGCAAUUGCAACAGGUCGAGGCGGCAUUGCUUACUGAUCCUCAAAACGAAGAACUUCUGAAGCUAAAAGCGGAUUUGGAGGAAGUUAUUGAAUUGACGCGUGAUCUAAUAAAAACUCAAGAGGGUGAUUCUAGUGUUUCUAAUGUUCAUAAUAGUUGUAAUGAUGAUGAUGUUGCAGCUUCCCUGCUGGCUACAGACGACGGAGAUUACGUAGAGAAAUCAAAACCAAAGUGGCGUGUUGGUGAAAAAUGUCUGGCCAAGUGGAAGGCUGAUGGCAUGUUCUAUGAAGCAACAAUAGAAGAAAUUGGAAGUAAUAAUUUUAAAGUCAAGUUUGAUGGUUAUACAACUUUGGAAGUAGUAUCAGCGUUAGAUGUUAAAUCAUUGGCAUCUGGAACCAAGAGACCAUUGAGUGGAGAUGAAAGCAAGCAUGGGAAAGGUUAUAACAGAGAAUAUUUAAAGAAGAAAAAACAAAAAAAGCAGCAAAGAUUUAAACAAAUUGAGGAAGAAAGGGAAAGUGAAAAGAAUAAGUGGCUUUCUUUCCAUAAUAAAUCAUUAAAAAAGUCUGGUGUAAAAGGAAAAAGUAUUUUUGCUUCUCCUGAUAAUUUAACUGGCCGAGUAGGUAUUGGGACCUGUGGCAUUUCCGGUAAACCUAUGACUGAAUACACUCCUGGUGAAAAGUGGAAAAAAGGUGGAUAAAAAUAAUGACUUCAUCUUACGCCUUACGAUAAAUAAGUGACUUAGUUAAUUUACUUUUACUUUAAAUUUUACUUGUAAUAAAAAUAAAGAAUACUGAA